UUGUUUGUAAAUAGAAAUGUUCUACUUGUACCCGAAAGUUCUAAAACCAAAUAGAAAUGUUGUUAACCGGGUUUGAUUGCUGGCAUAACCGGUUUUUUCAGGUGUAAGCCUUCUUCUUCAGCUAGAAACCCUAAUUUUGGGGAGACAUGUUGCAGUCUCUCAGUCGCGCACCCCCUGAGAGAAUCCUCACCCGAUGAAUCCGAUAAGUUCGUCUUCUCGACGAGCUACUUAAGCCAUUUCAACUCUCCAAGAUCGCAGAGAAUAAUGGGGAUUGAGCUCAGAUAUGAACUUUGCACUUGUUUUCACCACAAAUGUAGUUCGUAAAGCUUAUCGCUUUCUCUUCCCCUCUAGAAGAUUCUGCAACGGAAACUUCAAUGGUGACGAAGCAAUCUCUGUUCGGAGUAGGGUUUUAGAGGCAUUAUUACAUCAAGAAGAAGACUCUGUUUUUGAUGCAAAGUCUUCGCCUUUAGAUGAAUUGAAUGUUAGAGUCUCUAGCCUUCUCGUUAGAGACGUUCUUGUAAGGAUCUUGAGGAACUUGCGUUGUGAUGAUGAUAAUAACAAGACUAGAUGCGCGAAACUAGCUUACAGAUUCUUCGUUUGGUCUAGAGAGCAAGAACGUUUCAGACACACGGUGGAUUCUUACCAUUUGCUUAUGAAGAUCUUUGCGGAGUGUGGUGAGUAUAAGGCGAUGUGGAGGUUAGUUGACGAGAUGGUUCAGGACGGGUACCCGACUACGGCGAGGACGUUUAAUCUAUUGAUCUGUAGCUGCGGCGAAGCUGGUUUAGCGAAACAAGCUGUUGUGCAGUUCAUAAAGUCCAAGAGUUUUAACUACAGGCCGUUUAAGCAUUCGUAUAACGCGAUUUUGAACGCGCUGCUUGGUGUGAAGCAGUAUGGUUUGAUCGAGUGGGUUUAUGAGCAGAUGUUGGAAGAUGGGUUUUCGCCUGAUGUGGUGACUUACAACGUCCUCAUGUGGAGUAACUAUAGGUUAGGGAAGAUGGAUCGGUUCGAUAGGUUGUUUGAUGAGAUGGCUAGAGAUGGUUUGUCUCCGGAUUUGUAUACAUUCAACAUUUUGCUCCACAUUUUGGGGAGAGGGAACAAACCGUUGGCUGCGUUGACUACGUUGAACCAUAUGAAGGAAGUUGGGAUCGAGCCGAGCGUUAUCCACUUCACUACUUUGAUAGACGGUCUGAGCCGUGCAGGGAAUGUAGAGGCCUGCAAGUACUUUCUUGAUGAGAUGGUGAGGGUCGGGUGCACGCCUGAUGUUGUUUGCUACACCGUGAUGAUCACAGGGUAUGUUGUAUCCGGAGACCUGGAGAAGGCCAAGGAGAUGUUCAGUGAGAUGACGGUUAAAGGGCAGUUGCCGAAUGUUUUCACAUACAAUGCUAUGAUCCGCGGGUUGUGUAUGGCUGGAGAGUUCAGAGAGGCGUGCUGGAUGCUGAAGGAGAUGGAGUCUAGAGGGUGUAGCCCGAAUUUUGUAGUGUAUAGUACAUUGGUGAGCUAUUUGAGAAAAGCAGGGAAGCUUGGAGAGGCUCGCAAGGUAAUAAGAGACAUGGUGAAGAAAGGACAUUAUGUUCAUUUAGUUCCAAAGAUGAUGAAAUAUAGGAGAUGAUGUUAGGUUUCUUUUUGUUAAUUUGAGGUUGUUGUUUCUGUCAUUUACAGAGUUUUGUAACAUACAUUCUUGUUCUUUUCUCAAAGAAAGUUUGAUAAUAAGUGGUUCA